GGUGGGCUGGGGGAGGGGGCGCGGUAGGAGGCGGAGUAGAAGAAGACAAAAGCCGAAAGCGAGCCGGGCCGGGUCCGCACACUCUGGCAGGAGGGGCUGUUUGUGUAGCGAGCAGCUGGCGCCGGGAGGCCGCACCUCACAGAGCAUCCCGCUUGGCAGGCAGCAUGGGGAAGGGGGGGAACCAGGGCGAGGGGGGCCCCGAGCGCGAGGCGCCCAUGCCCACCUUCAGCUGGGAGGAGAUUCAGAAGCACAACCUACGCACGGACAAGUGGCUCGUCAUCGAUCGUAAAGUCUAUAACAUCACCACAUGGUCCAACCGGCACCCAGGGGGCCGCCGGGUCAUCGGGCACUACGCGGGGGAAGAUGCUACGGAUGCCUUUCGCGCCUUCCACCCCAACCUUGACUUCGUGCGCAAGUUCAUGAAGCCCUUGCUGAUUGGGGAGCUGGCCCCGGAGGAGCCCAGCCAGGAUCGUGGCAAGAACUCUCACCUCAUCGAGGACUUCCGGGCCCUGAGGAAGACAGCCGAGGACAUGAAGCUGUUCAAGACCAACCAUCUGUUCUUCCUCUCCCUCUUGGCCCACAUCGUCGCCAUGGAGACCAUCGCAUGGUUCAUCAUCUCUUACUUUGGCAAUGGCUGGAUUCCAACCCUCAUCACAGCCUUUGUCCUUACUACCUCUCAGGCUCAGGCUGGAUGGCUGCAACACGACUACGGCCACCUUUCUGUCUACAAGAAGUCCAGGUGGAACCACAUUGUCCACAAGUUCGUCAUUGGCCACUUGAAGGGCGCCUCAGCCAACUGGUGGAACCAUCGCCAUUUUCAGCAUCACGCCAAGCCCAACAUCUUCCACAAGGACCCAGAUGUGAACAUGCUACACGUGUUUGUCCUGGGCGAGUGGCAGCCCGUCGAGUACGGCAAGAAGAAGCUGAAAUACCUGCCCUACAACCACCAGCACGAGUACUUCUUCCUGAUUGGCCCGCCGCUGCUCAUCCCCAUGUACUUCCAGUAUCAGAUCAUCAUGACCAUGAUUGUUCGCAAAGACUGGGUGGACUUGGCCUGGGCCAUCAGCUACUACACCCGUUUCUUCAUCACCUACAUUCCUUUCUAUGGCAUCCUGGGAGCCUUCCUCUUCCUCAACUUCAUCAGGUUCCUGGAGAGCCACUGGUUUGUGUGGGUCACUCAGAUGAAUCACAUCGUCAUGGAAAUUGACCGCGAACCCUACCGAGACUGGUUCAGCAGCCAGCUGGCAGCCACCUGCAACGUGAAACAGUCCUUCUUCAAUGACUGGUUCAGCGGGCACCUCAACUUCCAGAUCGAGCACCACCUCUUCCCCACCAUGCCCCGGCACAACUUCCACAAGGUCGCCCCUCUGGUGAAGUCCCUGUGCGCCAAGCAUGGCAUCAAGUACCAGGAGAAGCCACUGCUGAGGGCCCUGCUGGACAUCAUUGGCUCUCUGAAGAAGUCUGGGCAGCUGUGGCUGGACGCUUAUCUCCACAAAUGAAGCCGCAGCCCUCGGGCACCCGUGGGGUAGGGGCUAGGCGGGGUGGUAGCCAAAGGGAAGGGUGGGUUUUUGUUCUGAGGGUACCCAGGAGGCUGGGGUACACGCAGCACUCACUGGCCCCAUUUUUGGUUUUCCCUUUUCCUCCUCUCCUCUCUCCCUUCACUUCUGCCUCCACCCUUGCUCAUGGGGCCUGCCCUUGUCAGCCUGGGCCCUCUCCCGGUGCCACCCUGCCUCUGCCCUCAGGCCCUGAAAUUGGCGGGGACCAGAAGUCCACUAAUGCAGCCUAGGCCCCUUCUGGCAGCCUGGGCACUGGCCUUACACUCUCCUUUCUGCCCCUCAGACUCUCCUGGGGUCUGCAGGGUAGGGUGCUAGUCAAGAAGAUGGCUGCCUGCACUCCAGGCCUGAUUCCACAUCUGCCCUGCCCUUCUGCGUGGCUGCUUGCUUUGUGCCCUACUUGGGCCAGCGUCGGGACUGGGGCCUCCCUGCAGGCCCAGUUUCUCUUCAGAUGCCCUGGGCCCUGAUUUCAGACUCCCUCUGCCUGCUGGGCAGCCAGCUCAGACCUGGGUCCCAGGGACUUGCCCUCCUCCAUCCCCACCCACUCUGCCUCUGACCAUGGGCUCUAGCAGGUUCCAUUCCAUCUUGCCAAACUCUAGAGCCCAUGAUUUUGGGACCAAAAGGAGAGUCACUUACAUGGGCUCAGCAGAGGCAGUGGCCAGAUUAGGAGUAGGCAGCCCACCUAUGGGUUCAGGCCACCCCUGAGUGGAUGGGAGGCCUGAGCUCCUGGGGCCAUCAGACCCCACCUUCCCUGAGUGGUCCCAUCCAGGCAUCCCAGCCAGCCCAGGACCUUUGGGCUUGGCGGAGUCGGGCCCUGCAGGCUGCCGGGGGUCACUGGAGCCAAGAAGUGUCCUCUCAGCCUCUCCUCCCAUGGGGCUGCUAUUUCCGAAGUGCUGUGUCUCACUGUCUCUCUCUCUCUCCUGUCUUUACACUUAUUUUAUGUUAUUUUAAUCUUGUGCUAUGGGAUGCCCUCUGAUAGGGACAUGGCAGUGGGGGUGGGCCUUGUGACAAUCUGCCUUUUACCACAGGCCCCGGUGCCUGCUGUUGGGAGGGCAGUGGGCACCAGAGAGAUAAGAGGAAGUCUCUGGACAAGGCAGCCCUAAGGAGCAAGGGGAGUGGGGGGGACCUGUGAGGGUAGAGGGAGCUGAGAGGAGGAGGAAGAGGGGCUAGGAAAGUGAGAAGGGAGGGGGAGGGGAGCCUGCUGCCACUGGAGCUGCUGCUUUUAAAAAUCUAACCCACUAAUCAAUAUUUAGAUUCAGGGAAGGGGGGCAUGUAGAGCUCAGAGUGGAGGCACCGCAUCUAGUGUUGACAGGCCUUUCUGCAGCCUUCCACUGAGGAGACAGGCCCAGCUAGCUGCUCACGCUUCCCCAGAGGUGGAAUAGAUCUGUAGGGACCUGAUCUUACUUUCCACCAUGUUGCUUCCCCACCCUAUGGUUUUUGGCAAUAAAAGAGGUAAUUUUAUUCUCA